AUGCGCGCGAGUCGUAGUCGUGCUGCGGGGACAGCACGGCCGGCGCGUUCUUCUGCUGCUGCUCCCGCCGCCGCCGGCGGUACGGAUGGGACUGGUGAUGAUGACCAUCAGGGGGUAAGGAAAGCCGGCGGCACAGAUAAGGUUUGCGGGUGGGAGGAGGCACCCACGGCAUCAAUAGCAGCGGUAGCCGCGGCAGCGGCGGCGGCGGCGGGGACGUCCACUGGCUCCACCAAGCGCGGCAGCGGCAGCGACGCCGUUGGCGAGGCGCGCGGCGGCGUCGCUGCUGGGAGAAGGAAGCGGAAGACAUCAUCAUCAUCACCAGCGGCCAGGCAGCCAGCAGCACCUGGAAACAACAGCAGUAACGACAAGAGCGAGGAGGACAUCAGCGAGCCAGAAGAAGACGGGCAGGCGGACGAGGGUGGCAACGACGGCGAUGAUGACGAUGAUGAGGAGAUGGAAGAUGCCGUCGUCACGGAGGCGAGGCGAGGGCCGGCUCGCAAGGGGAGGACACGGCCGGCCGCCGCUCGUGGCAAGGCGGCGCCGACGAGGGCAAGCUCUCGCGCGAGGGCCGCCGUCAAGUACGCCGAGAACGAAGACGAUGACGACAACGAGCUGCUGGAGGCAGACGAGGAGGAAGAGGACGACGGGGGCUCUGGGAGGAGGUCAUCUCGGGGCAAGAAGCCCAAGAGGAAGAAGAAGGGAGUUGCUGCUGCCGCCGCUGCGGAGGGCAAGGGCGGCAAAAACGGUCUUCUGAACAAGUUUGGCUUCCAGCCGGACGCGGACGCCGCCCAGGCUAACGUUGACUGGGAGUACGAGGGCCCGGGGGGAAGAGCCUCGUCCGAAAAGGGCACCAAUGGCAAGGGGAAGAAGAAGCAGAACUCCGGGUCCAAGAAGCGAUCCAAGCCCGAGGGUGGCACCAGCACCGGGACACCUCUAAAAGAUCGUAAAUCGGAGCGAAGGAGCGGGCGGAGCAGGGGGGGUAAGAGCCUCUCGUACGCGGAGCCCCCUUCCGACUUGUCGGACGACGAGGACGGAGACGGAGGGAGCAAGCGGGGCGAGGAUGGGGAUGGGGAAGGGGAUAGCUCGGGUAACGAGGAUAGCGAGGAGGACUUUGAGAGAAUAGCAGGUAGUGCUCUUGGCUUGAUGCAGUACGACGUACGACAGUUCGAGAUGAUUUUCGGGCAGGGUGUUGGAAAGAAGAGUCAGCAACGCCGCCCCCCACCCCCACUGAAUGAAUCGGACGAUUCCGCGAAGAACAAGAAGAGAAGGAAGCGGACAACGAAUGGCAAGGGUUCUGCUGCUGCUGCUGCUGCUUCCGCCGCCGCGCCGAAGAAGGGCAACGGCAGCGGUCGAAGGGGGGGGAAGAAGAAGCCGGUUGGCCGCAUCACCUUGCUGUCCAAGCCGGUGGCGGAACCGUCCCGUAGAAGUUCGCGGGAAAAACCCGCGGUCGUCUACGACGAGAACGCCAUGGACGUCGACCGCCUUCUGGAGGAAGAGGAGGAGGCGGAGAGAGAGGGGGGGGGGAAGAAGAAGACCACGAAGAGGAAGCAGUCGGAGCUGGACGGGGAAGGGGGCGGCGACGACGACGACGAGGAGGAGGAGGAGGAGGAGGAGGCGGCCCCGGAAGCCAAUGCCGCCGCUGGUCGCUCUGCCAGGAGAGAUCGCCGCAAGAAUAUGACCGGCAGCGGGGGAGGUGACGAUGACGAUGACGAUAGCGCUAGCGCGGCGUCGGUGAUGACUACGGAGGGAGAGCGAGACGAGAACUACGCCAACAGCAGCAGCGAGCGGGAUGAUGACGACAGCGAGAGCGAGGAGGAGGAGGAGGAGGAGGAGGAGGAGGAGGAGAAGCCUCUCAAGCCCGCCAAGAUUCUGGCCAGGAAGACUCUCAAGCCGGCAGAGUGGCGAGAGAUGUGCAAGGACAUGAGCACGGACCAGGUUACGGCGGGGUCGAUGUGGGACCAAGAUGAAGAGGAGGAUGACACGGCGGACGACGCCAAGCCGGUGGAGAAGUACCUGGUCAAGUGGAGCGACAUGAGCUAUCUCCACGUGUCGUGGGAGACCGCGGGGGACCUUAUCGAGCUCACGACGUCUCACGUCAAGUCGCAGCUCAACCGUUUCCGGGACAGGGAGUUCGGCAUCGAGCUGGAGAUGGAGCGCGGGGACGGCGAGUUCUUCGACCCGUCCCUGGUGCAGCUGGAGCGCGUCCUGGACGUGGACGAGGUGGAGGGGGAGGAGACCCGUCUGCUGGUGAAGUGGGUGGGGGCCCCGUACUCUGCGUGCACGUACGAGCUGGUGAAAGACCUGGACAACGCUGGGCAGGAGUACGAGGAGGCCGUGGAGGCGUACAAGCGGCGGGAAGACAUUAAGAGCCUCAAGAACCUGAAGGCCACGCGGAGUAUAUCGGACGGGGCCCCCGACCUCGACAAGGAGCCACCCGUAUUCAAGAACGGGGGAUCUCUGCGGGACUACCAGAGAGAGGGGGUCCGGUGGAUGGUAUACAACUGGCUGCAGGGGCGCGGGAGCAUUCUGGCAGACGAGAUGGGGCUCGGGAAGACCCUUCAGACGGUAACGUUCCUGUCCAUACUGCACAACGACUACGGGAAGCGUGGGCCUUUCCUGGUGAUUGCCCCGCUGUCCACCGUGACCCACUGGCAGAGGGAGUUCCAGACGUGGUCCGACAUGAACACCAUCGUCUUCCACGGGGAUCAGGACGACCGUGAGAUUCUGGAGAACUACGAGAUGGAGUUCUCGGAGGACAUGGAAAAGAAGCCUAAGGACAAGUCCACGAUCAAGGGCCGGCGGCUGUGGAAGUCUACCGUGGUGGUCACUACCCCGGAGCUGUGCAUCCGCAAGGAGGUGUCGUCGCUGCUCGGGCGAAAGGUUCGCUGGGACGCGCUUGUGGUGGACGAGGCUCACCGACUCAAGAGCAGCCGCUCCAAGCUCAACGUGGUCUUGAAGGAAAGCUUCACGUUCGACUCCACCCUGCUACUCACCGGCACUCCACUGCAAAACAACACAGAGGAGCUGUGGACCCUCCUCAACCUGGUAGACGCGCCCAAGUUCCGCAACAAGGACCAGUUCGUCGAGGAUUACGGGGAUCUGCAGCGAGCGGAGGACGUGUCCCGGCUCCAGGAGAACAUCAAGCCGUACCUGCUUCGGCGCAUGAAGGAGGACGUGGAGAAGGCGGUGCCCCCUAAGGAGGAGACCAUCAUCGAGGUGGAGCUGACCGAGAUCCAGAAGCAGUACUACCGCGCCAUCUACGAGCAGAACACGACCUUCCUGCUGCAGGGCAAGAAGAGGGCCCAGGAUGGGCCUAGCCUGAUGAACCUCGCGAUGCAGCUCAGGAAGUGCUGCAACCACCCGUACCUCAUCACUGGCGUAGAGGAUGCUGUCCGUGUCCAGAUGGGCGACAGCGGCGAAGACAAGGAGCAUCUGGUUAAGCACUCGGGCAAGCUGGUCCUACUGGACAAGCUCCUGCCUCGCCUCAAGCAGCAGGGUCACCGCGUUCUUCUCUUCAGCCAGUUCAAGAUCAUGCUGAAUAUCCUGGAGGACUACCUGAUCGCUUCGGGCAUCCCGUACGGCCGCAUUGACGGCAGCAUUCAGGGAAACCUCCGCCAGAAGGCGAUCGACAGCUUCCAGGCCCCCGACAGCGACAUGUUCGUGAUGCUGCUGUCGACGAAGGCGGGCGGGGUGGGCAUCACCCUCACGGCCGCGGACACGUGCAUCAUCUACGACAGCGAUUGGAACCCUCAGAACGACGUCCAGGCUCAAGCGCGUUGCCACCGCAUCGGGCAGACCAAGAGCGUCAAGGUAUACCGUCUCCUGGUGGCGAAGACUUACGAGAUGCACAUGUUCAAGACCGCCAGCAAGAAGCUGGGCCUUGACCAGGCCGUCCUGUCCAGCUCCAGACCGCAGAACAAGCAGGACAAGCAGGCUCCCACCAAGGCCGAGGUGGAGAUGCUGCUGAAGCACGGCGCUUACGACGUGUUCAAGGAGGGCAAGGAAGGGGAAGAGGCCGGCAAGAAGUUCUGCGAGGACGACAUCGAGUCCAUCCUCUCGAGGGCAGUGGUUGUAAACCGUUCUGCGGAAGGCGUGGAAGAAGGCAAGCCUUCCAACUCGUUCAGCAAGGCCAGCUUUGUGGCCACUAGUAAUGACGCCGGAAGCGCGGCGGUGGAUGUGAACGACCCCGAGUUCUGGACGAAGUGCGUUGGCCUACAGGUGCCCGUCGAGAAGGAGGAGCAGCUCGGAAGGCGGGCGGCGCGAGGCGGCCGGAAGGACUACAAGGACAACGGCGUGAGCGACGACGACUUGGGGGACGAGGACUCUGACUCGGCGGUCAACUCGGAGUUCGAGGACGUCUCGAGCGGCGACGACUCGGUGGUAUUGCUCAACGACAGGCAUCUGUGGGGUCACGACGACAUCAAUGACGUGUUCGGCGCGCUGCUUACCUUCGGGUACGACCGGUGGGAAGAGAUCCGGACCAUGGCGUCCGUUACGGACAGGAGCCUCGCUGACGUGGCUGCCGUGUGCCGGGCGAUGAUCGCCGUCAUGCUCCAGAUGGAGGCCGUCCACAACGCGCAGGCCAUCGUGAAGCGGGAGCGCGAGGACCAGAUCGUGCAGCGGUUGGUUGCGAUCGGGAACAAGGCCAGGGAGGAGGCAAACGCCGCCGCGGCCGCCGCUGCCGCAGCCGCCGCCCCCGUCGCUGAGAACGGGGCUGCUGGUCCGUCGACCGCACCGGCACCGGCACCAGCACCGGCGGCAGCAACAGCAGCAGCGGCCCCGGCCGCCGCUGUUACCGCCUCCUCCGCCGCCGGAAGCAGCAGCGGCUACGCUCCUGCGGCAGCACCGGCGCCGGCGACAGGCGCGGGGGGGCUGGGGGCCGACGGGGCGGCGGGGCCCGAGGUCAAACUGGCGGCCGUAGCAUCGGCGGCGGGGGCUCCGUCUGUUGCCGGGGGCGGGAGCGGCGCUGCUGGUGCAGUAGUGGCGACGGCGGCGGCAGCGGCGGCAGCGGCAGCGGCGGCGGCGGUGGUUCAAAAGGAGACUGACACCAUGACGAUCCUGAACCAAGUGUGGAAGCCCAAGAACGUACAAGUCGGCAGCAAGUUCCGCGCCUCGCUUGUGCGAAUCACUUCGAAGCUGAGCACCCUGGACGAGAUAGAGGACCUCCGGCAGAUGUUGAGCUCACACGACCCUCCAUUCGGGAGGCAUCUGAAUCAGGUCCCCGCCGGAUGGGAACCCGCUCACGACAAGUGGCUGGCCCACGCCGCCCUUCAGCAGGGGUGGUUCACUUCCAUGCAGAAGAAAAAGGCCAUGAAGAUCAUCGAGGACGCCAGGGGGCUGUGGCCCGGUCUGAUCAGCAUGCCAGACCACGUCAUCCUCGGGAGGCGUCUGAAGCAGCUCGUCGCCAAGUUCAGGACCGAGGCCUCGAGGCACGCCGCGGCCGCGAAGAAGGUAGAGAGGGAGAGGGCCGACGCGGCCUUCAAGCAGAAGAAGUUCCUGGCCGACAUGGAGAGGCAGAAGCUCAAGAGGGAGCAGGAGGAGAGUAUCCGGCGAGAGUGGCAGGCGCGCGAGGCGAAGCGAGCCCAAGAGAAGGCGGCCAAGCAGAAGGAGGCCAGCAUGGCGGCCAAGCACGCCAGGGACGUCCACCGGACGGCGGCGGCGAGGGCCCGCGCGGAGCAACUCGCGGACGAGCGGGACCGGGCCGCGGCGGCGAGGGCGAGGCUCGCCGCUGCCGCUCGGGAGAGAAACCCGGCCGCUUCGCUGGCGGAGAUCCUGCGCGCGCCGACGCAGAAGCAGCCGGAGCAGCCGCCUGUGAGGCCGUACCUGCCGCCGGGGCUCGACGCGAGCUCGCCCAACGUGAUGACGGUCCACGACGCGCGCGGGAACAUCGCCGGAUACCAGGUCUGGCCCUCCAUGGCGGAGAGGCAGCUGGCGGCGGCCGCGGCGGCGAUGGCGGGUAGCGCGUCCAACAAGGACGGCCGGGUGUUGUCGUCGGGUAGCGGAGGGGGUGGUGGUGGUGGUGGUGAUGGUGGUGGUGGUGGUAGUGGUGGCGGCGGCGACGGUAGGGAAGGGGUGACGCAGAAGGUGCCGUUUGUGGGCGCCGGAGGUGCGGGCGGGGUGGGGAGGGCGAUGAUUGGACCGUCGGCGGCGUCGGCGGCGUCGAGAAGUAACGGGAGCAGCAGGGCGGCGGCGAUAGCCAUGUCGGCGCCGCCGGGGGGGCUGUCGAUUGCGGCGUGUGCGGCGAUGAGCGAUGACGGCAUAAUGCUGAGACACGCCGUGCACAACCUCGGCGUGCCAGUCUCCAUGCUCCUGAGCCACAACCCGGCCGCAGGGGGGGGCUCGGCGUCCGCUUACUCGCCGCUCCGGGCGGUGUUGGACAUGUCGGUCUCCGAACGGACUACCUUGACCGCAAUGCUUCAGUCUGCGGCCAAGGCGACACAACUCCGCGCCAGCCUGUUGGCGUACACGGAACUCAAAGAGAUGCAGUCGUUCGCCGCUCGACUAGCGCAGUUGACGGAGCUGAAGGCCGCUCCCAUGCCGUCCUGGUGGAAGCCGGCCGUUCACGACGCGCAUCUCCUUAUCGCCAGCUGCAUCUACGGAUCGUCGAGCGACUACGGCGUCGAGAAGGCGAUGAAGGAGACGACCCUGGCCAUGCUUCAGGAGAACGGCCUGGCCUUCGCCGCACAAGAGAAGGAGAACAACAAGGCCGGUGGCGGACCCAGCACCGUCAAGGCGGACGGCGCCGGCGGAAUCGCCGCCUCCCUGGUCCCCGGGUGCCAGUCGGCGGAGCCGAUGGAGCCCCUUUUGGCCAUGACGAACCCGCCGCUUACCGCCGCCGCCGCGAAGUCCCGCAUCAAGGCCCUGCAGACGGCGGCCUUCGUGUCCGCCAGGCAUCACUCCUCCCUUCCGGCUCAGCCGCAGCGGAGUGCGGCGGUGGUCGUAUUGGACCUCAGCGGCGACGAGGGGUGCGGGGACAAGAGGGAAGCCGGGGUGUCGGAGUCGCCGGCGAAGAAGGCCAAGCUCCUCGAGCAUCCGCUGUCGCCGCAAACCUCCAAGACCCGCCCGAUAGCGAGGAAGACUGCGCCGACGGCGGGGGCGGCUGCGUCGAGUGAAUCCGCGUCCGGUGCCACCGGCCGUGCGGCAGUUAGCAACGGUAGCGGCGUCGAUGUAUCGAGUAAGGCCGGAGGAAACGGAGACGAGGUCGCGGCUGGCGAGGAUGGUGGUGGAGGUGCGGCGACGAAGACGGCGGCCGAUGGAGGAGGGAAAGAUGCAGCAGUGAGCGAGAAUGGCGACGUGGCCGCCGCUGGUUCCGCCGCCGCCGCCGGCGGCGCGAAGAAGGUCACGCCCGGCCCCAAGACCGGGACUCUCGAUUCCUUCUGGAGCUCCGGGUGA